AUAUAGGCGAAGAUCACGCCAUCGCAUCUGGAUCAGAAUCGCGUUGAUAUUGGCAAUACAACCAUGACUCGGCAGUGUUUCAUCAUCCCAGAUAUAAUUAAUGACUAACUCCAUGUUCUUCUGUACUUCAUGAUGUCAUAUCGUUAGAAAAUGUUGUCUGGAUGAGAGCUUAUAAUCAUAUUGCUCUAUCACCCAUUUUGGAAUAAACUGGGGAGCAAAAUAUUUCAUCAAGGAAAUAUCACGAAAGUUAUACCAUUACUUUUUGGUCUACUCUGGUAAUUUACCAGCGCUUGAAGGUAUAUAAAAAGAGCCUAUAUUUUUUAUAAGGUGCAAGAGAGUUGGAUGGUUUUGCUUGAUAUUAAGACUCCGGAGUGCCUUUCUACAGAAUCUAGGAUUAUCCACACCAUUCUCCUGGAGUAGGCUGAGGGUUUUUCGUGAUGUCGGGGAACGAGACGUCGCCUUCCAAUGAAGGCGUGGACCAACCCGACGCCGACGUCCAGUUCGUCAAGAUGAGGAGGAUCGAUUCCGAAGACAACAUCCGCGAGAGAGAUCGAGAAAUAGCUGAUAUUACAGGGGUAAAGUUCGUUGGAAUGAAACGGAUCGACUCAAGAGAAAACAUUCAAAAUGAUCAAGCAUCCAAGAAGGGUUCAUCGGUGAUGUUUGCCUCGAUGGGCGAACCGACGAAUGACGGUUACGACUACGACGACGAUGAGGAUGUCGUGACGACCGAUCCGUACAUGAGAUACGGGGACAGGUCUGGCUUCCGGUAUAAACAAGGUCUCAAAUUACUCGCCCCGUUCAGAUUCAAGCCAUCUAAGGAGCAGUAUUCUCCUCUUGACUACGCCGGUUUCAUCUCAUUCUCCUGGCUGUCUUGGAUGUCACCCAUCUUCUACAAGGCUUAUAAAAGAUCUCUAGAGUACACUGACCUUUGGACUAUCUCAGACUACGACAGGGGCGACUAUAACGGUGAUCGAUUAGAGAAGUACUGGCAGCGAGAAGUCGCCAAGAAAGGAGAAAAAGAUGCAUCGCUCGGUCGAGUAGCUCUUGGCUUCGUCGCGACAAGGCAAUUCAUCUCUAUCCUUCUACUCGUCAUAUCAACCUUAGCGUCAUUUGUAACCUCGGCAGUGUUCGUCCAGCUGCUGCUCGAAUACGUUGAAGACAUGAAUGACGACCGAGUAUGGUACGGCAUUGUCCUCGUCAUCUCUAUGUUCGCUCUCAACAUCCUCCGAAUCAUGAGCGAUGUCUUCUUCUGGUCGUUCAGCUGUCGCACAGCGACCCGUCUUCGCAGCGGAACCCUAACGAUUGCUUUCCGGAGGUUGGCAAAUUUGAGGAGUUUGAAGGAUCAUAGCGUUGGAGAGAUUGUGAACAUAUGCGCCAACGACAGUCAACGUCUCUACGAUGUAUGUCUGGUGGGAAACUAUCUCAUCUCGUCACUGGUCAUGCUUGUCGCAGCUCUUAUCGCCGUCCAGAUCAUCAUUGGUUAUGGCGCCCUCAUCGGUACCAUUAUUACAUAUUUCUUCUUCUUGCCGUUGACGACUGCCAUUGGUCGAAUCAUAUCUAAGAUUCGAAUGAAAUGCAUCAAGUUUGUUGAUCUUCGGGUUCAAAAAAUGAAUGAAAUCUUGACUUAUAUCAAGCUCAUCAAGAUGUACGCUUGGGAAUCACCUUUCGGCAAGGCUAUACAAGCUAUUCGUGCCAAGGAAAGAGCAUUCUUAGAAAGAGCAGGUGUCCUUCAGAGUUUUAGUCUCUCCAUUAUUCCCGUCGUGCCGAGCCUCGCCGCUGUUAUAUCGAUUAUUAUCCAUAUAUCCUUAGGAAACUCCAUGACAGCAACGGAGUCUGUAAUGCUCUUAAAUGACCAUGACUUGGUCAGUUUAUGA